CAAAUUCCGGCUCCAGAGCGCGGGGAGCAUCCUGCGAGGCACGCCGGGCCGCCAGCAGCGGCAGGGCAGGACGAGGCUCUCCGGCUCCCGGGGACCCCGAGCGCUCCUCCCCGGCCGGCCGUGCCCUGCCCGCGCUCCCCAGCCGCAGCAUCCGCCCGCAGGCAGCGCUCAGCACAGCCCGGCCCCUGUCCCCGGCUCGCAGGCACGGGCAGAGCCCUGGGUGAGUAGUGCCGGAGCUCCUCCAGGCAGGCCACGGCCAUUCCAGCCCUUCUGCACGUCCCCGGGCUCAGGCUGAAAAGUCAUGACAGCUGAAAAGACUAUUCCUAUAAUUAAUGGAAAGCCAGAAGAUGCUUUGGACCCAGAAGCCUCAAGUACCAACCUCGUCCACAGCAAUGAUAAGAAAGUUCAUGAAAGAGGUCACUGGAACAAUAAGGUUGAAUUUGUGCUUUCUGUGGCAGGGGAGAUUAUUGGGUUGGGAAACGUCUGGAGAUUCCCAUAUCUUUGCUACAAGAAUGGAGGAGGUGCUUUCCUCAUCCCCUACGUGGUCUUUUUUAUUUGCUGUGGAAUACCAGUAUUUUUCCUGGAGACGGCCUUGGGACAGUUUACAAGUGAAGGAGGCAUCACAUGCUGGAGGAAAGUUUGCCCUCUCUUUGAAGGCAUUGGCUAUGCUACCCAAGUUAUAGAGGCACACCUAAAUGUAUAUUACAUCAUCAUUUUAGCAUGGGCUAUCUUCUAUUUGUUCAACUGCUUUACUACAGAGCUUCCCUGGGCUUCCUGUGGCCACGAAUGGAACACAGAAAACUGUGUGGAAUUUCAAAAACUUAACAUGAGCAACUGCAGUCAAGUCUCUUUACAAAAUGCCACUUCUCCAGUGAUGGAAUUCUGGGAGUAAGUGCACAAAAACUUUAUAUUUGAUCAGGUUGUUCAUUACCUUGCAAUGUUUUGAUCAUUUACACCUCGUAACCCUAUAGCACUUAGGGAUGUGGGUUCAGCUGGAAACUUUCUUAUCCAGCCACUGUCAGAAUGAGAGGUUUUAACUCUUUUCUUAGAGGAUACAAGGAAAGGAAUUCCAUACCCUGAAAGGACAUAGAACAAAGUGUGCCACUUGCUCGGGAGCUUGGCUCCUGUUGCUGGAGGAAAGAGCCUCCAACCCAUACUAAUGAGGAGGCAAAGGUGAAAAAAAGAUGAUUUACAAUAUUCCUUUUUUGCCUUUUCUUUUUUUUUUUUUCUUCCCAAAAUGUUUCUUCCCUCAGGAGUUUGAGAGCUGCAUCUUCAUCCUUGUUUCAGCUAUUACUCUGGCUUCUGGAUCUCAUUAUAUUUUAAAGGACUGUGUAAGUGUUAGUUAUUCAGCUAGAAUAACAGGAGACUUUAACUCUCUCCUGUCUCCCUGACUCUGAUUCCUAGUUUGACUAAGGGAAGAAAAUCAGAUGUCUGCAAAAGACAAUCUGCUUUUGUGGUGAUGUAUUUUUUCUGACUAUAAAUAUUUAAGCAGUGCAGUGUAGCCUCCCAUUUGUGCCUUGCAGAGUGUAGUGUGUGUAAAGCCAGUCAGAGAGAUGGAAUGUUUGAAUUCUGAGUGUUUCACAAUUCAAAGCCUGUUACAAAAUUCUGGGUUACUACAAUUUCUUGAGGACCCAUUAAUUUUAUUUUUAAGACAGAGCCUUAUUCUGAGGCUCUUUUACAUUCAGGACAGCAACAGCUGCACUUUAAAGAAUCAGGAAUUAAAACUCCUUAAAGGGAGAAUUCUACAUUGACAUAAUUUCCUUGAACCUUGGGCUGUGCUAUUGUCUCCCUGCAUCUUUUUCUUGCUACAUCAAUAAACUUAAAUUUCAUGA